AAAACCAUCACUCGGUAAUGGCUGCAAUAAGACGAUAAACAGAGCAGGAACUAUCUUCAAGCAAUGGAAUAUCUGUUCUUUUCUUCUUCUUCUUUUUUUUUUUUCCUUUUCUGCAACUUCCCUUCAGUGUUCACUCUGAAAACAGGCUUAGAGCUUUUUCUUCUUCAUCCUUUUUUUUUUUUUUUUUUUUCAUAUGGGGGUAUUUUUAAUUCUAGAGCGAGGGAUUGGUCACACUUCGUCUCAUUAGCAUGAGGAGCCGUAUAAACCCCCGCCACUGCAGAAUUUUGAGCUGUGUAGAAGGCGAGGCAACAAGCGCGUCUGACUGGCUGCGCGCAAAAGGAGCAAGUAACUUUCACUUCCAGCCACAGUUCAGUUCAUAAACGCGGGAGCUGCAUGGAGAGCUCAGCACUCCAGAGGUGAACCGCUCUCAUCCGCUCUGCGCGCAACGAGGCUGCUUACCGGGGGGAAGAUCACCACGAAGAUGGUACGGGGCCAGAUUGUAACUUAUUGGCACCGGUGGAUUUUAAUAUUCUCCGUCCAUCAGUUUUUAUUUGCCUCUCCGGCUCGGUCCGAGGGAAAUACUAUUCGAUACCAGACCAAUGAGGAGGGCGCACCAGGUACGGUCAUCGGAAACCUUGCCAAGGACAUGUCCUUGAGUCUGUCUCAUUCCUCCAAGACCAAUUUCAGGAUGAUGAAACAAUUCAACGCUUCAUUCAUCAGGGUGAGAGAAAGCGACGGGGAGCUCGCUGUCGGGGAGCGAAUUGACAGGGAGCGAAUCUGCAGACACAUUCCACAGUGUCUCAUUACUUUUGACGUGGUGAAUUUCUCCAAAGAUCGCUAUAAAUUGAUUCACGUCGAGGUGGAAAUAAAGGACAUCAACGACAACUCUCCGGAGUUUCCAAACAGGGAAUCUAUAGUGGAGAUCUCGGAGAACGCGGCCGUGGGCUCCCGGAUCCCCCUGGACCCGGCUGCGGACGCAGACGUCGGGUCAAACUACAUCCAGAGCUAUCAGAUUUCUGUCAACAGUCAUUUCACCAUUGAUGUGCUCCUGAGAGCGGAUGGGGUUAAAUAUGCGGAAUUGGUGCUAAUGAAGGAGCUAGACAGGGAGACUCAGUCAUCAUACACUGUGGACCUGGUGGCCACAGACGGCGGGAAUCCAUUCAGAUCGGGGUCAACCAAGAUCACCAUUAAAGUGACCGACUUUAACGACAACAGUCCGGUUUUUGACCAGAACAGUUUCUCCGUCAGCCUGCCGGAGGACGCGCCGGUCGGCGCUGUCAUCCUGGACCUGAACGCAGUUGAUGCUGAUGAGGGCUUGAACGGGGAGGUCGUCUACGGCUUCGGAAAACAGGUUUCUCACGAGAUUCGAGAACUUUUCCAAGUGGAUAACAGGUCGGGCCGCCUGACGCUCAGGAGCGCGGUGGACUUCGAGGACAAAAGCACCUACGAGCUGGACGUGCAGGCGACCGAUCUGGGACCCAACCCGAGUCCCUCGGUGUGCAAAAUCAUCAUUCACGUCACGGACGUUAAUGACAAUGCCCCAGAAAUCAGCAUCACCCCGAUGACCUCCAUCACCACGGGCAUCGCGUACAUCAGCGAGGCGGCAGACAAGGACAGCCUGGUGGCGCUGAUCAGCACCCUGGACAGAGACUCGGGCGUGAACGGCCAGGUCCACUGCACGCUGUACGGCCACGACCAUUUCAAACUCCGCCAGGCUUACGAGGACAGCUACAUGAUCGUGACAGCGGCCAAUUUGGACAGGGAGAGGAUCAGUGAGUACAACUUGACGGUCAUGGCGGAGGAUUUCGGGUCACCCCCGCUGAGAAAGAUCACCCAGUACACCAUCAGACUCAGCGACGAGAACGACAACGCCCCUCACUUCAGCAAAGCUGUCACCGAAGUUUCAGUGGUGGAAAACAACGCCCCCGGGGCCUACAUCACCACGGUCCAGGCCACAGACGCGGACCUGGGCAAUAACGGCAAGAUCACGUACAGACUGGUGGACGGCCUCAUCAUGGGCUCCCCCGUGAACACCUUUGUGUCUCUGAACUCGGUGUCUGGCUCCAUAUACGCCCUGAGAAGUUUUAAUUACGAAGUGAUGAAACAGCUAGACAUACACAUCCAGGCGAGUGAUGGGGGGUCACCACAGCUGCAGAGCACAGCUGUCAUCAGGCUAAAAAUAGUUGAUCAGAAUGACAACCAGCCCUCUAUCAUCGAGCCACCACUUUACAAGGGCUCUGCUGAGGUUUUCCUGCCCAAAGACGCACCUGCGGGUUAUGUGGUAACCCAGAUAAAGGCCACAGAUGCUGAUGAGGGAGCAAACGCGCAGCUGUCCUUUAAAAUCACAGAGGGGGGACACCUGGGCUUCUCUGUCAACAAAGACACAGGGAAGGUGCACGUGAGCCGGCAGCUGACGUACGAUCAGGCAGACAGUGUCAAAGUCACAGUGGCGGUCAGCGACCACGGCUCCCCCUCGCUCAGCUCCACGGCGGUCAUUCACUUGAGCUUCACAGAGGGAGCCCUGCCCAGCAUGCCCUCCUCGUCUCAAAAUGGCAGCGAGGAGCUCUUCGAGUGGGACAUGUCCAUAGCCAUCAUCAUCGUCCUGGCAGGGAGCUGCUCCCUCCUCCUGCUGGCCAUCAUCCUCAUCACAACCAUUUGCAACCGCAGGAGAAAGGAGACCAGGGAGGGGGGCUACGAGGAGAAAGAAGACGCGCCGAAUGUGGAGCAAGUGGAAAGUGGUCACAUCGAUUCAUUGAUUGCCAGCCACAAAGGCAAAGCGUUUGAUGCCCAUCCAUUUCCAGAGAAGCCUCCAUUGGCCAGCAGCAACACAACAGAGGCAGCCUGCGAGGAUGGCAGGCAGACAGCAGGCAUCUUUGAGUCAAACAGCCGAGUGAUGGAGGGCAAAUUAAAGGGUUACUCCACGCUGCCGGGGUACGGGAAAGAGACGGUCAGGCCCAUAACGAUAUGGAAGGGCAACUCGUUCACCACCAUCUCAGCCAGAGAUCCCCACAUCAGUGGCAAGGACAGCGGAAAAGGGGACAGCGACUUCAAUGACAGCGACUCCGACAUAAGUGGGGACGUGCACAAGAAAGAGUCGCCGCCGACGAACAGUCUCUGGGCUUGCACGAGUGAAUGCAAGGUGCUGGGACACUCGGACCGGUGCUGGAGCCCCUCAGCGACGCGGCCCAACACGAGCAUGGCCUGUGGGCCGCAUCUGUCAACUUUCUCCAAGACAGCUUCGCUUCCCCGCGACACCAGGAGGGAAAACUACUACCCGGCCCACUUGCCUAAAACCAACGGUCUGCAGAGCGUGUAUGAGAAAGUCCAACACCAGGAGUUUGAUUACAUUCUCGUUGGUCCGCCCACGCCAGCCCGAAUACAGGAAACGGAUGAGAUCUCCAUCCCGGAAUACACAAACUCUUAAAGCUCCAAAAAAAAAAAAAAAGGAAAAAGAAAAAAAAAAAAGGGAAUUUGUCUUUCUACUGUACAGUUCUUUGAUCUUAAUUGACUCUAUGUUGGGUUGUUGCUGUAUUUUGUAGUAUGUUGUGUCCUUUCGGCUCAUAUAAGACUGUUCAUUGUAUCAUUGUGUAAUAUGCAAGAUUUUUGUACAUCAAUAAUAUAUUUUUCAUAAUGAUUCAAUGUAAAGAAGAAUUUUAUUAUACAUUUUCAAGAGCAUGUGUUACUAUUUAAGGGGCAUGACCAAUGGACAUCGGGGCUGCGAGGGGGCCUUCCUGCUGUGGAAAACAAUCAAUAUGAAAGAUUGCCAUGUGCGUGGUAGAGUUUUGUCACAUUGUUGCACAAAUAAAGAGUUAAAAAUG